GAACGCGCGCCUCCAUUUCUCGCGAGAUCGUGCUCGGCCGCUGUUUGGUUUUCUCCUCUUCCUUUCCCUGUCCGGACAGACCAGGCCCUGGAGCCUCGGUGUAAAGUUACAUAGCCCCGUGCUCUGGGUUAUGGACCCGGCUGGACACGGCGGUGGAACCUGGCCGGGCGAGAGAGAACAUUUACCGAUUACCUGACUCAUUGUUAUUAAUUAUUAUUAUUAUUAAAUCCCAGCCCUUACAGUCAGGUGAAAAGAUGCCUGCAAAGAGAAAGCCAGUACUUCCUGCUCUGAACAUAGCACCCACUAUUACAGAGGGCCAGUCUCCGACCACCGAUGGCUCUUCAGAGGCCAAUCUUGUAGAUCUUCAAAAAAAGUUGGAGGAAUUGGACCUAGAUGAUCAACAGAAGAAGCGGCUGGAGGCCUUUCUUACCCAGAAGGCCAAGGUGGGAGAACUGAAGGAUGAUGACUUUGAGCGUAUUUGUGAACUAGGCGCUGGAAAUGGCGGUGUGGUUACAAAGGUACAACAUCGUCCCUCUGGCCUCAUCAUGGCCCGUAAGUUGAUUCACCUUGAGAUCAAACCUGCUAUCCGGAACCAGAUUAUAAGAGAACUGCAGGUUUUGCAUGAAUGUAAUUCCCCAUAUAUUGUGGGGUUCUAUGGUGCUUUUUACAGUGAUGGAGAGAUCAGUAUCUGCAUGGAGCAUAUGGAUGGUGGGUCAUUAGAUCAAGUACUAAAAGAAGCUCGACGUAUUCCAGAGGAGAUUCUGGGAAAGGUCAGCAUUGCAGUACUACGUGGACUUGCGUACCUCAGAGAGAAACAUCAGAUUAUGCACAGAGAUGUGAAACCUUCCAAUAUCCUGGUCAACUCUCGUGGUGAGAUCAAACUGUGUGACUUUGGAGUCAGUGGUCAGCUCAUAGACUCCAUGGCAAACUCCUUUGUUGGGACCAGAUCCUAUAUGUCUCCGGAACGAUUACAGGGUACACAUUACUCUGUGCAGUCGGACGUUUGGAGCAUGGGUCUGUCACUGGUGGAACUUUCAAUUGGAAGAUAUCCUAUUCCUCCUCCAGAUAUAAAGGAGUUGGAGGCCACAUUUGGUCGGCCAAUGCUCGAUGGAGCUGAAGGCGAAUCUCACACUAUCUCCCCCCGACCAAGACCUCCUGGAAGGCCAAUCAGUGGUCACGGAAUGGAUAGUCGACCAGCUAUGGCUAUAUUUGAGCUCUUGGAUUACAUUGUAAAUGAGCCUCCUCCGAAACUCCCAUCUGGAGUAUUCUCCCCAGAUUUUCAAGACUUUGUACAUAAAUGUCUAAUAAAGAAUCCAGCUGAAAGGGCAGAUUUGAAGAUGUUGAUGAUACAUACGUUCAUAAAACGAGCUGAAAUCCAAGAAGUUGAUUUUGCUGGCUGGUUGUGUAAAACCCUGGGUCUGCGACAGCCUAGCACCCCAACUCGUUCUGCAGUCUGAUUACAUAUCCAAACCAUAUCAGCCUGACUGGGCCCUAAGCUUUCUCACCUCUUCUUUAUGGGGGAUUGCUAGACAUACAGUGAAUAAGAGGGCAGCGCAUUGACCACCUUGUACAGCCCAUUACUCUAAUCUUAUUGACUCUGCUGUGUGUAUACAUGUACGCACACACAUUUGUUUGUGGAUACAUAUUGAUCUCCAUCUGCAAAGAUACAUCUGUGUAUGUAUGUAUGCUUGUCGGUUCCACAUAGUUCUGUGGCAGAUGUGUUUUUGCAAUGAUCAUUAUGGAUUUGCAUUGAGCUGUGCACUAACGUCAAGAGACGGACAACAAGCCAAGGGUAGAGAUGAUCCAGUUUUGGGUGGUGGUGCAUUCUUUGUGUCUUUGCUUCUCUUUGUCACUAAAUUGGCCACUUCUUGGGAAUUAAAUCCACAGGAAGAUAGAAUGUGAUAUUUUAUUUAGUACUGAGUUGAACUGUAUGGGGAUUAAUGACACCACUAUACUCAAAAGAUCUUUGGCGCCCAUGGUUGCAAUUUCCACCCGUGAAGGCCCUUCAAUGCAGGUACAUAUCACUCUGAAUCACUGAGUUUCUUGGAAAUAAAUAUUAUAUUAAAAUUG